ACUUAUAAAAGUUUUUAAAAAAGUUUUAUGUCUCUGUCUGUAUAUGCGAGAAGAUAAAAAUGUAAUAAAUGAAUAAAUAAAUAAUGGCAGCCAUUGAGGGAUACAUCUCUCUCAUUGGGGAGUGGGAUUUUGGCGGUCUGCACUAUGGGCUGUUUGCACAGGCAGCACCAUUAUCACUCUGAGCUCCGAGCCCUCUCUUCUCACUGGGCGGACAAUGGCCAGGCAGAAUUGAAAAGGCCAGCUGAAAUUUUCAUGAGGAAACCCACACCUGUUUCCAGGUAACCAAUGCUGGGGGCCCGAGUCGGGACGGGUGUGAGCUCCACGGCGACCUGCCCCCCCCCCCUUACCUGCUGUGACACUCGACGGAGAGAGACAGCAACUGCCGUUAGGGUCUGAGGAGUCGCACCAACCUGGCUUUUUAAAAACAUGAAACAGCAGCAGCUAGCGACCGCUUAGAAACGGAAGCCUUCUCCACCCGCGAUUUUCAUCCAGGCGACGCGUCCGUAAAUGGGAAAGUAAGGCGAACGGAGGGAGGAAAGAGGCCAGGAAGAGGAAUAGCUCCACAGACGCGCUUCACCACUGCACACUGAACCCCACAGACUCAAACAUGAAUCCCCUCUGGAAGGUGUACAAGAGCAAGGUGAUGAAGACCAUCAACCCGGAAGGUGAAGAAGACGCUGCGACUGAGAACAGCGAGCCAGACUGUAACAUGACGCCGAUCGAGGAGGACGAGGGCCCCAGCGCCAUGUCCCAGCUGGCCAAGAAGGUGCAAGGUGCGGGGGCCAAAGGCUGGAAGAGCAUGUCUGCUCUCUUCAACAAGGACGACGAGCACCAACUGCUGGAGUCAGAGGGCCAGACGGCAGCUGACCACCCACUGGCGGUGAAGCCCGAGGAGCCGCGGCCGACCAAGCGGGGCACGGGAUUCUGGGAUAGCUUCGCCACCAAGUGGCAGCAGGAGGCCUCUGCCAGGCAGGCCGCGACCGUGGCUUCAGCGGAGGAGGGGGGCGCGGGCGGGGACGCGGCGCUAGAGGAGGGGAGCGAGGCCGGAGGGAGGGGCCAGGAGAGGGAGGCUCAGCAGGAGGGGGAGGAGAGCGAAGGCGGAGGGGGAGGAGUCAGCGGGAACAGCUUCUCCAAGUAUGCCUCCCUGGGCGGGGGAGGGGAGGAGUCUGCCUUCAAGUGGAACUUUGUCACCAGCAAACUGGCCGAGCUGAAGACCAAGAGUCUGGCCAAGACCAACUAGACCCACUGCUAUGAUUGAAUGCGUCACUGUUAUGAGUAGUAGUAGUAGCCGUAGCGGUAGUUAAUCCACCCUGGGGGAUGCAGCAGGAUGGAUGAUGUAAGAAUAGGGAUAAGAG